ACAGCACUCUCCACUAGUUUUCAUCCCUUCCUCAAAUUCACUACUAUGGCUUCAACGCUUGUGUCGCAGUGCCUUCCUUGCUCAAACGCAUUGCUUGCGAAGUCUACCAUUCCAAGAAAAACCACGUAUAUUAGUGCAACAGCCCGCGAUACCACGUCACUGAACUUAAGUCGCAGCUCCCGGGAAUGCCUGAAGAAAGCUGGAUCGACCAUGGCUCUGAGGGCCAUCAGCACAGGCAAGGAAGAAGUCGCAUCGCCAAAUGAAACCGCUGAACGCGCUGACGAGAUCAUAAAUGUUAAGCCAACAGAAGUCGUCAUUUUUCAGGGAUUCAACUGGGAGUCCUGCAACUGCAACGAGGGAUGGUAUCAACGACUCAUGGACCUGCCGGGAGAGCUCUCUGCAGCGGGAAUCACGGACGUCUGGCUGCCGCCUCCCAGCAAAUCAGUGGCUCCUCAAGGGUACAUGCCAAGCCAGCUGUACAACCUCGACGAAUCCCAUUAUGGAAGCGAGGAGGAAUUGAAGGAGCUGAUCGGCCGAUUUCACGGAGCCGGUGUCAGGUGCAUCGCUGACAUCGUGAUCAACCAUCGCUGCGGCGACCAGCAAGACGAGCACGGCUGCUGGACCAUCUUCGAGGGAGGCACGCCUGACGAGCGCCUGGACUGGGGACCGUGGGCCAUCACGCAGGGAGAUUCGCCCUUCGGCGGCCAUGGCCGUCCGGACACCGGCGAGGACUUCCCAGCAGCGCCGGACAUCGACCACACGAACGAGCGCGUGCAGCGCGAGUUGACGGAGUGGAUGCUGUGGCUAAAAAACGACGUCGGCUUUGACGGCUGGCGGUUCGACUUCGCCAAGGGAUUUGCGGGAGAGUUUGUGGGGAAGUACUGCGACGCGACGUCGCCUGCUUUCUCUGUGGGAGAGCUGUGGACGACGAUGAACUACGAUGGGGAGAAACCGGACUACAACCAGGACAGCCACCGGCAGCAGCUGGUGGACUGGGUGGACUCCACUGACGGCCGCUCCACCGCCUUCGACUUCACCACCAAAGGCAUCCUCCAGGAGGCCGUUCAGGGGGAGCUGUGGCGCCUCCGUGACCCCAACAACAAGCCUGCAGGGAUGAUUGGGUACUGGCCCAGCCGAGCCGUGACAUUCAUUGACAACCACGACACUGGCUCCACACAAGGCCACUGGCCCUUCCCCCAAGACAAAGUCAUGCAGGGAUACGCGUACAUCCUGACGCAUCCAGGCAUCCCAUGUGUGUUCUAUGACCACUACUAUGAGUGGGGCCACAAGGAGGCAAUCAACCAACUGCUGGCAGUCAGAAGGCGCAACAAGGUGCACUCGAAGAGCAAGUGCAGCAUCAUUACCGCUGAAGACGAUCUUUAUUUGGCUGAGAUAGAUGGCCGAGUGAUUGUGAAGAUUGGCCCACGAUAUGACAUUGGGGAUAUGGCUCCAGAGGAGGCUGAAUACCAGGUGGCUGCUUUCGGGGAUGGCUACUGCAUUUGGGAAAGGCACCAGGAAACAGCUCACAAGGCAGAGCCAUGAGUAUAAAUAGAUUUGCUGUGCAUAC